AUGAGAACCGUUUCAGAUGUGUUGUUUGCAUCGCUAGAAAACGGUCGGACCGAUGAACGAAAGCAGCGGACAACUAAUACGUCUAUUGUGACCACAGCCAAGUUUCAUCAUCAUCAGCCCGGCUGCCACGAGGGGGAUUAUGUGCCGCAGGUGCCGAGCGUUCGUAACAAACUGGAUGAUAAACUGAACAGUGUGCCGGAUCAUUUAUGCUCGCUUUCGCUACACCGUGACUCUUCCGUGCAUCCGGAUCUGUCGAACGACAGUGUGUUCCAAGACGACGGUCCAGAUCAGUCAAAUCCGGGUGUCAAUCCCUACCAACGCCCCGGUCGAGUGUCCUACGAUAGUCAACCGUCCGACAACCGACAAGCUAUUCCGUCCACAAAUUCAACGGAAUUUUCUCUCAGUGGUUCCGUGAUUGAUACGGCCUCUCAGCCAGAUCUGUGUGAUUCGGAGCUGAAUGAGAAAUCCACCGAAGGUAAGAGUUCUCUUUUGCUCUCUGCUUAA